AUGGGCGGCCCCGCCGCCUUCUUCAGCGGCCCCGUCACCACCCCUGCAGCGGCCUCGACACCGCCCCUUCAGCGGCCCUCCCGCCGCCUCCUCUGCGGCCCCGUCGCCGCUCACUUCAGCGGACCCGCCGCCCCUCGCGGCCUCGCCUUCCUUAGCGGCACAGCCGCCCAGCAGCCGAGCCGCCGAGAAGCCGAGCCGCCCAGCUGCCGCGCCGCCAAGCUGCCCAGCAGCCGAGCCGCCGAGCCGCCCAGCAGCCGAGCCGCCGAGCCGCCCAGCACCCAACCGCCGAGCCGCCGAGCCGCCGAGCAGCCGAGCCGCCGAGCAGCCGAGCCGCCAAGCAGCCGAGCUGCUCGAGCUGAGCCGCCGAGCCGCCCGAGCCGAGCCGCCCAGUCACCGAGCCGCCGAGCCGCCCAGUUGCUGAGCCACCGAGCCGCCGAGCCGCCCAAGCCGCCCUGUCCGGCCAUUGACUUUGACGUCUGGGUAGAUGACCUGCAGCUUUUCCUACAGUGCGAUAGGGCAGACGGUCUCUCCCUCUUUGACCUCACCUCUGGUGCCUCUCCUGCCCCUGCUGCUGAUGCUGACGCCACUGUUCGCUCACAGUGGGCCACACGCGAUGCUGCUGCACGUCUUGCUGUGCGUCGCCACCUGCCUACCUCUGAGCGUGCGCACUUUAGUCAGUACAAGAGUGCUCAGACCUUGUACGACGCUGUAGUUGCACGCUACUCCUCCCCUGCCACUGCUGCACUUAGCCGCCUCAUGCUACCGUACCUCUUCCCUGACCUUGCUGCCUUUCCCACAGUCGCUGACCUCAUUACGUACCUCCGCACUAGUGACACUCGCUACCGCGCUGCGCUUCCUGCUGAGUUCUGCGCCAAGAACCCCCCCCCCAUGUACAUCACCCUCUACUACAUAGUCACCCGGCUCCCUGACUCCCUUUGCAUAGUCAGGGACCACUUCCUCUCAGUUUGCCCCACCACUCUCACCGUUGAACUCCUCGAGAAGGCCCUCCUAGCAGCAGAGAAGAGCAUAGUAGCUGUAGGAGCCUCUCGUGGUUCCCUCACACCCCCAUCUUUGAGGGGUGUUCCCCCUCCCCCCUUUUGCCCUUUGUUGCCUCUGCUGCUGCGGCCGGCCUCGUUGGGCUUGAGUCGGUCGGUGCGGCGUCUACCCCUAGCGGGAGACGCCGCCCUGGCAACGGCAAGGGGGGCAGGGGCGCUGGAGGAGCUAGCGGGGGCGGUGGAGGAGGCGGUGGAGGUAGUGGAGGGGGUGGGGGUGGCGGUGGGGGUGGUGGCGGAGGUGGAGGUGUCGGUGGCGGCAGUGGAGGCGGAGGCGGCGGCGACGGUGGCGGUGGGAGCGGAGUUGGCGAAGGUGGCGGCGGUGGCGGUGGAGGUGGAGCUGGUCGGGGUGGCGCUACGCAGAGGGUCGGCUCCGGUGGUGGUCAGCGCCAGCAGCAGCAGCAGCACUGCACUCGUGACAUCCCCCCCCUUCAGCAGCUCCGUGAGUGGUACGCUGCACGCCAGCGAGGUGGGGGUACAGGUCCGUGCACCUACGUCCUACGCACCGGCGACCGCGCAGGUGAGCAGUGCGGGGGUGCGCACUCCACCCAGCGCUGCUUUGGCCGCCUGA